AAUGGCUCUACCUGUAGCGGAUCGUGCAAGUAGCGGCGCAGAAACAGCGAAGGAUCGCGAGCAGACGACGCCUCGCUUUCCGUCGUCACCCCGAGCCAUGCCCCCAGCAGGACGAGCAGCUGCGCGCCGACCAUCGUUGCACAGCGUUUUCACCAAGGCCACUUAUCAAGCAUCCAGCGCAAAACGGGGCAGCCAACGGGGCAGUAAAGAAGGUGGGGAGAGCUUCCGAGAAGAGGGAAGGAGUGGGGGAGGUUUCUGGCGUCGGCGCACGGCCCAGCGCGGGCUCUUUGUGCAGCGCGAUAGACGGUAGCAACGGCGGGCGGCAUGGCGCCGGACUCUGUGGAGGCUUUCAUCGCCAGCAUCAAAAAGUAUCCCAUCUUAUACGACUGCAAGCGUCUCGGGUACCGCGAUGUGGAACGUAAACGCGAAAUCUGGGAAAUUAUCAAGAAGGAAACACACAUGGAAUCAGUGGACGACUGCCAGAGGCUAUGGAAGUCGCUACGAGACCGUUAUAUACGUGAGCUGCGAGCAUUAGAACACUUGUCCCACCUGCCUUGGGACGCUAGGCAGAGCAAGUGGACGUACUUCCAGUCACUGGACUUCUAUCGCGACUGUGGACGGGCGGCCAGAGGCAAGCAGCUAGCUGCAGACACCAGCAGCACAGUGUCGGAAAACGGCGACUACGAGCACCAGCAAGCGAGCGCCGCACCUGUGGUUUCCUCGCCCGAGGACUACGCUCCUUUGAGGUUAACCCUCAGCCCAGAAGCUCACCGUGAUCCUCCUCCGCCGCAGAUUCGUCCUCCGCCACCGGCUCCUACCCCAUCCGUCGUGGCUGCCCCGACCACACAAGUUGUGCCCGCGGACUCUUUCGAGGCCGAGGUACUGAGCAUUUUGAACAGGCCGCUCGACGAAGACGAGUACUUUGCACUGUCUCUGGUUCCCUCGCUGAGGAGGCUGAGUAACAGGAAGAAGAUGCUGGCUAAAGUCAAAAUUUUGCAGGAUCUCUCUUACGUAGAGUUCGGAGAAUGACGGCGGAGGAGGUCACGUUGACCCCCCCUCCCUGCCAGCAGAACGUCGUCCCUGCAUUGCCAACCUUUAUUUGCCUCUUACGACUGCCGACGUACCUGGAAGUCGACGACACUCCGCACGUCUCGUGCGGAAGUGCGCGUCCGAUACUCAUCAUCCGCGUGUGCCUUCGAACUAUGCAAGUGUCCUGCCUGAACUGAUCUCAACUGUCCCGAAUGGUCGUCGUCUGCUGCGGAUCCGACUUUACCAGAUCAUUCCCACCUACUUGCCUUGAUGCGAUGCUUCGAUGGUACAGUCAGUUAGUACACAGGAGCAUUAUGCCAAAAAUGGGGGUACCCUGAUGGCGGUGCAGCCUUUCCUUCUAGCUGCCUGUCAACACUGUUCUUUUUUUUUUUAAGCUCUCAAAGACUACUCUGAUCUCAUAUUGAUGAGCAGGCAUUCCAAACGUCUCAUUUUUUGUACGUGGCAUAACGGGGCCACCGCAUCGUGCCUGUUUGACUUACUUUUGUAAAGCAUGAUCUCGUGCCAAUUUUCAUUUAGUCGCAAUACAUGCGUGGUCUUUCUACAAGCCAUUGUUACAAAGUGUGUCGGGUCUGCGCACCCAUUUUAUGGUAUUUUUCAUAAAAUGACAAAUGUUUAUGUA